CUUACAUGUUGAUGAUUGAUGGAUCAAUUGAUGUUGAUGGGAUCUCUGCUGUGGUACAGGGAAGAGUUGGCGAGCCACACCCGUCGCUCUGAGUCCGGGAAGUCAGGUACCGCGUCACACCUGCCACACAAUCUGCUUAGUCAGGUGUAUUGGAUUAGGUACUUUGUAGAUGUUCUGGACGCCUCGCAGCUGCCGUUAUUUCUUUUCCGUCACCAAUCUUUGCUUCUCCCUUCUGCAAAGAACCAUUUCCACGAAUCAACUGGAACGAGAUUAUAUGAGCAUCAUCAAAUCAAAGCAUCGACACGUCAACUUCUCAGCUGCGUCACAGAAUGUGACAGAAAACAGCCACUGCCAAUUUUGCGGCCGGAUGCAUCAUGUUGAUGAGCACUGCAGUGGGCAACGGCGAUCACCGACAGCAAUGCCGCAAUUUGCUGCUUGGCUGCACAAACGGGCGGAAUUUGACAUACUUUCUAUCUUCUCUCUCCGGCUCUUCGAGUGUCCCUCUCGUGGCUGUGUUGCGUCUCUCGCAACAGCAGGGCGAGCUGGGGGCCUUGAUUAAUACCUAUUUGCUUACCGACGCCGGCAAACGGCAAACGCCUCAACUCAGGGGAAUUGUUUAGCUCGUACCCAUAGAGUCCACUCGUUUGUUUGCCAGAUACGGGCAAGCUUUCAGCGUUUCAUACCGCACGAUCCGGCUAGCCUUCUAGCGGCGAUC